AAAGUAGUUAUAGACUAGUUUAUUAUCAUCUAUUUAAUCAGUAGUUUGUCUGCUAAUUCCUAUCUUAAGGCCUGAUGCUGAUGCUAUAGGCUAGUGAAGGCCUACCCAGGAAAUAAAUAUCAAGGAAAAUUAUUUUAAAUUUGAUAGGCUAUGGCCGUACUUCUUGAUGGCGGGUUUUCUUCACAACUGAAAAAGCAUGUUGGCGUGGACGAAAAGGUUCUUGCUGAAAAACCACUUUGGUGCGCCGAAUUUCUUGUUACUGAUCCUGAGGCUGUAUGCAACGCUCACUCAGAUUAUGUUGAAGCUGGAUGUGAAAUAAUUUCCACUAACACUUAUCAGGCCAGUGUUGAUGGGUUUCAAAAAUAUUUAAAUCUUGAUAGACAACAAAGCCUGGAUCUCAUCAAGGAAGCUGUUGUUUUAGCAAGAAAAGCAGUAAACAAAUCAGAAAAUGGAAGCAGUGUUUUGGUAGCAGGAUCAGUCGGACCAUAUGGAGCUUCUCUGCAUGAUGGGUCAGAGUAUCGAGGGGAGUACAUAGAGUCUACGACUCAGCAACAGCUAAUGGACUGGCAUAGGCCGAGGAUACAGGCAUUGGUAGAGGCUGGGGUGGACUUGCUGGCUGUGGAGACAAUACCCGCAGUAGGGGAGGCUGUGGCUGUGCUGACAUUGCUGAAGAACGAGUUCCCCAAUCAGAAGGCCUGGAUCAGCUUUACUUGCAAAGAUGGACUGCACUUAUCACAUGGGGAGACGUUUAGGGAGGCGGUGGCACAGUGUUGCCAAACUAACAGGGAUCAGCUGGUGGCAGUUGGCAGCAACUGUUCCAACCCUGUGUUUAUCUCUUCUCUGCUAAAGAGUGCACAGGAGCAGCAAGUUCCCUUCAUUGUGUACCCUAACAGUGGAGAAGCAUGGGAUUCAGAUGCAGGGUGGACAAACAAAGACGCUUGCGUGCCUCUCACCCAUUACAUUCCCGAGUGGAUCUCAUUGGGAGCCAAAUACAUUGGUGGGUGUUGCAGAACUACAGCAGAAGAUAUACGGCUGUGCCGCAAGUACUUGGAUACGUUGUAAGCGAAUUUGGAUGUCAAAAUACAUUUGUAAAUAAUUAUACUUUAUUACUGAGCUUAUUAAGGUUAUAAAUAAAAUUGAUU